UUUGAUUACAUCAAUCAAAUUACACAUUAAUUAAUUUUUUUUAAAAAUAAAUAAAAAACAAACAAUUACAUACAAAAUGAUGGCUGUAGCUGCUGCUCAAAAGAACCGCGAAAUGUUCGCUAUCAAAAAAUCCUACAGUAUUGAGAAUGGUUACCCUUCGCGCCGUCGUUCAUUGGUAGAUGACGCCCGCUUCGAGAGUUUGGUGGUUAAACAAAACAAACAAAUCGUUUUGGAGGAAGCCCGCAAUAAAGCUAACGAUGACUUGGAAGAAACUAUUAUGCAAACUAAAGUCGAGCAAGUGCCUACGAGCGAAGAGAAAAUUCAAGUUCAAGAUGAACAGCAAUUGGACGAUGUUGAAAUACCCGAAGAUAUCGAACAGGAACAGCCUAAUUUCACCGAAGUUAAUACCGUCGAAACCGUACAAAGUGUAGAGUCUACAGAAAAUAAUAGCUCAGAAGAUACCAAUAAUGAUGAUGCCGGUUUAACUGAAGAUGAAAUUGUUUUGGCUAAUGCAGCCUCUGAGUCACCCGAGGCGGAGAAUGCUAUGCAAAAUGCUGCCAUUAUUGUUCGUCUUAAGGAUGGCAUUGCUUCAUUGGGUCGCAUAUUGAAAGCUGUUGAAACUUAUCACGGCACCGUGCAACAUGUUGAAUCACGUCAAUCCCGUGACCAAGGUGUCGAUCAUGACGUUUUAAUUAAGCUGAACAUGACCCGUGGCAAUUUAUUGCAAUUGAUACGUUCGUUGCGUCAAUCGGGCUCAUUCAGCGGCAUUAACUUGUUAGCUGAAAAUAAUAUUAGUGUCAAGUCUCCUUGGUUCCCCAAGCAUGCUUCCGAAUUGGAUAAUUGCAAUCAUUUGAUGACCAAAUAUGAACCCGAUUUGGAUAUGAAUCAUCCUGGUUUCGCUGACAAAGUUUAUCGUCAACGUCGCAAGGAUAUCGCCGAAAUUGCUUUUGCCUACAAAUAUGGUGACCCGAUUCCCCACAUUGAAUAUACCGAAGUUGAAGUAAAGACCUGGCGUUCAGUAUUCCGCACUGUUAAGGAAUUAACACCAAAACAUGCUUGCGCUGAAUAUCGUGCUGCCUUCAAAAAAUUAGAAGAAGAGAAAAUCUUUGUUGAGAAUCGUUUACCACAAUUGCAGGAAAUGUCUGAAUUCUUACGCAGAAAUACCGGUUUCACUUUACGUCCAGCCGCUGGUUUAUUGACUUCUCGCGAUUUUCUUGCUUCUUUAGCUUUUCGCAUCUUCCAGAGCACACAAUACGUGCGUCACGUUAACUCACCCUUCCAUACACCAGAACCUGAUUGUAUACAUGAAUUGUUGGGUCAUAUGCCUUUGUUGGCUGAUCCUAGCUUUGCUCAAUUUUCGCAGGAAAUUGGUUUGGCUUCAUUGGGUGCUUCAGAUGAUGAAAUUGAAAAACUCUCCACGGUCUACUGGUUCACUGUUGAGUUUGGUCUCUGCAAAGAACAGGGUCAAGUUAAGGCCUAUGGUGCUGGUUUAUUGUCUGCCUAUGGUGAAUUGUUGCACGCCCUUAGUGACAAGUGUGAGCAUCGUCCCUUCGAACCGGCUUCAACUGCUGUCCAACCCUAUCAGGAUCAAGAAUACCAGCCUAUCUAUUACGUAGCCGAGAGUUUCGAAGAUGCUAAGGAUAAAUUCCGUCGUUGGGUUUCCACUAUGUCACGUCCAUUCGAGGUGCGAUUCAAUCCUCAUACCGAACGUGUGGAAAUCUUGGAUUCUGUAGACAAAUUGGAUACUUUACUGCAACAAAUGAACACUGAAAUCUUGCAUUUGUCUAACGCUAUUGCUAAAAUGCGUCGUCCAUUUUAAAUGAACGAAACGGCGAACAGUAAAUUUCCCAAUUAAGUGAAACGCAACCUAAAGAUAACUCACCUCAGUUCACUAAUCCUUGGAAAAACUUUGACGCUCAUCAUUCAUUGCAUGACAUCUAAUCUCAUCUAAUAUUGUGAGGUUAUGUUUUUUUCCUGUUUUUUUUUUUUUUAAUUUUUUUAUUUUAUUUCAAAUAUUAAAAGUAUUUGUAUACAACAACAAAAACAACGGCAACAAUUUAACCUGAGCACUUUUAUAUUUUCUUCACAAAUUCUUUAAUAGUUUUUUUUUUUUUUGAAUUUUUUGUUUUCCCUUUGUUUUUGUAGUUUAUUUAUUUUUCGUUUUACUCAUUUUUGUAUUGACUCUCACGAAAACUAUUAUUGGACCA